AUGUCUGACAGAGAAGGAAAAGCCAGCGGAGACUUCGGGAAGAGUGGGAAUAGCGGAGCGGAGGAAUGCAGUGUGCAAGCGGAAGGACCUAAUGAGCGUCUUCUCCUGGCUGCGGCAUAUGUUUACGAUGCUCAGUACAACAGAAACAUUCCCUUUGAAACGUCACCUCAAUCAGUAAGACUUUACUAUUUCUAUAACCACUGGGCUAUGCAGCUAGCAACCUAUAUCUGUAUCACUAUUGACCUAGCUCUGGCAAUUUUUGAGGAGCCUGCUGUUUAUCCUAUUCCAUUCCUGGCUACUUCCAUUGUUGAAGUUUUCUGCCUAAUGGCUUUCCUAGUUCGCCUUGUACAUUUUAGUAAAGUCACUCCUCGCAGUGUGUUUUGGAAAGACACGAAGAAUAUCUGUGUAAUGGUCACAAUACUGCUCAAUUUAAUUGAUCUUAUUAUCUAUGGAUGUUUGAGCAUGGCUCACAUUCACAGCAUUCGAUGGUCAAGAGUACUACGUCCCAUUUAUUUGGUUAAUUUUGCUGAAAGUCGGCAGAUUCGCAGAGCAUUCCGCAGCAUUAGAAACACUUUACCCGAGAUCCUAUACGUCUUCCUUCUCUUCAUGUUCAGUGUCCUCAUUUUCUCUCUCAUGGCUCUAAAACUUUUUGGGAACAGAAAGCUCAAGACAGCUGAUGGAGAAGCUUACUUUGAAAACUACCUUGAAGCUAUGUUCAAUCUCUAUGUGCUGGUGACAACUGCUAAUAGCCCUGAUGUCAUGAUGCCAGCUUAUGACCACAACUGGUGGUAUUCCAUUUUCUUCAUCGCCUACAUUAUUCUGAACACUUACAUCUUCAUGUCAGUCUUCUUAGCUGUUGUGUACAACAAUUACAGGAAGCACUUAAAGAAUGAGAUCCGUAAGCUAGCGUACAUGAAACGGCGCAAGAUGGCAGAGGCAUUUAAUGCACUUAAAGUAAAAGAAGGCUCAGAUUUUGUUAUAACAGAGACCACAUGGAACAAACUGGUGAAGUUGGUGGCACCAGAUAUCAGUAACUCUCACAGAGAACUUCUGCUAAGAGUGUCUAAAGAAGAAAACCAAAGAUACGUGGGGAAAGAUGCUUUUAUCCGUUUAGCUGACUUGUUGAACAUUAAAGUGAUCACAUUGAAAGCUCGAAUGCACCCAAUUGAAUGCUGGAUGCCUCAUUUGUACAGAAGUGCAGCAAGUCGCUUUAUACGCAAGGUCGUCCAUCAUAAAGGAUUUGUGUAUGCUUAUGAUGUUAUCAUUCUAGUGAAUGCCAUUUUUAUCGCCCUGGAUGACCGAAACCCACAGAUAUCCCACGCAGAGUGGGUAUUCCUUUCCCUCUAUAUUAUAGAAAUUCUCCUGAAACUCUACACGUACGAUCCUAGGACUUUCUUUGCCAAGAAUCAGUUUUGGAACUGGUUUGACACCUUUAUCAUCAUUGCUGCCCUUAUUGCCACCGUAGUCAACACAGGACUGAAAUCAGGGAGUCAGUACGACAGCCAGCAAGUCCUAGAAAUUGUCUUUAUUCUCAGGGUCCUCCGACUCAUCAGGAUCAUUGACAGUAUUCAAAGAUUUCGAGUCAUCGUGAAUACACUGAUAAACAUCCUUCCUACCAUGCUGACAUUUUGCGGUAUUAUCUUAGUUAUAUAUUAUGUGUUUGCCAUUAUUGGAAUGGAAGUCUUCAAGGGCAAAAUCCGUUUCUUUCCUGAAAAUUCCACAGACCCUUAUGCACUGGAGUGUGGAGCAAAAGCCUUGAAGGACUCUGCUUUUGCUAAAAGCAAAUAUUGCAAAAAUAACUUUAACAAUAUAGGAUACACGUUCAUCGUAUUAGUGGAGCUGACUGUCGUCAACCAGUGGCACAUUAUUGCUACUGGAUUUUCUCUGGUAACUCAUCCAGCAGCUAAAAUUUACUUCAUGAUGUUCCAUGUGGUUAUUGUCAUCAUGAUAAUCAACAUCUUUGUAGCAUUUAUUUUGGAAGCUUUUUUUGUUGAGUAUUCGUUGGAAAGGAGUGAAGUUGAAACCACUAUUGAGAGGAAGAUUCAGGAGUUGGGUAUGGGUGUGCAAGAGGACGAUCAUCUUUCUGGGAACUUAGUAGACAACAUGGAAAACGGUGAAAAUGAUACUGGAACAUUUGGAGAGGCAGAUCAAAAAGGACUGAUGUUUCGAAUAGCUUCAAAACGGUACAGAACAGUGGAUGCCCUGUUACAGCGUAUGUUUGAAGCAGAAAUACCUCCAGAAGAUGAAGGUCCUGCAUUGGAGGACAUAAUGAAUCUGUCUGCUAACGAUUAUUACAUUGAAAACCCAACAUUCAACUCGGCAUCCUAGAGU